UAAAGUAAUAGCAAACUUUUAUUCAGUUCGUAUGAAUAUUAUGUUUUUGUAUAAUUAAUAUAAAAAUGUACAUAGUUUGUUUUGUAUUUAAAUACAAACAAUUUGUUACGCAGAAUAUUACUCCGAUCAUGAAAGAUCGUACUUAAAUGGCGCAAUGUGGCUAACUUCAGUAGACUCUCGCCAGUUAGACCUGCCCCACUAUCAUACGCUUUUAAUUCCGUCGGCCAUAUACACGGUGGGCAAAAUUAUAUGAAUGAGAAGAAGAGGUGAUGUAGAGCAAGGAUUACAUAGCAAAAGAUCACUGGAUAUACAUGUCUAGCAUAACGAAAACCACAAACGCACAUGCGUUUGUUCUUGGUUACGAAGUGUACUCAAUCCAAUCAGCAUUAAGGUGCGCAUGAUGAACAAAUAUCUUGUCGAGUGUCGAGUAUGAUCUCGCACUGCGCGAGUAAUAUCGCGUAUGUUGUCAAAAAAUAACGAGCCAUACACAGUUAACAUGCGUAGAAGAUUAACCAAUGAGAAAAGAGAAUUUGACGCGUAUCAUGCGUACAAGCAUACAUACCCGAACGACAGUUAAAGCGGUUGGAAGUUACGGGUAAGAGCGCAAUACACGUCAAGCUCUUAUUUUCAUUCGUGGAGGAGGCUCGCCGCGAACAAACGGGUGACCGAGUCCGAAGGAUUUGCAAAGAAAAUCCAGGAUAUAGGUCACCAACAACUGGUUAAAUAUGAUACGCGCUGAAAAUGGGGGUGUUGUAUAUUUGGAACAGUUAAAAAAUUCGGUAGAGAGUGACGCGACAGAGAAGGCAACGUCAAGAAAGUGCGAGGGGCAGCUGUCUUCACUGAAGGCAAACAGCUGUUCGUCCUACAAAGGUGCAAAUCGUACGACAGAAAUGGCGCAAGAAGACAAUAAUCCGUGCUGGGAUAACCUGCCAAGCGUUAUCCUGCAGGAAAUAUUCUCAUAUUUACCACACAACUGCCGGUUAAGAGCCUCCCAGGUUUGUAGAAAUUGGAGGUAUUCUUUGUUUCAUCCCCGUUUUUGGAAAAAAAUUACGUUUGCUCUGAAAGACGAAGACAGUAUAUCAUGGUCCCGAGUUUUAGGAGAAAGUUUUGGACUUAGUGUGCGUGAAGUUACAAUUCGCUGUGAUACCCCAAAUCAUUCUGUGGAGGAAACAUUAGCUCUUUUAAAGAAACUGAGUUGUAACAGGCAACUACGUAAAUUGUUUUUGGAGUCCAGCAGUAGCUGUUUUGAAUAUGAUGAUGAUGAUGAAGACAGUCAAGGAUACACCACUCCACUGAUAAAAUCUCUUGUGAAAAUUAUUGAAACAUCUAAUCAUUUAGAAGCUUUAAGUUUAGGAUGCAUAGAAGAAUUAACAGCAUCUGCUGGUAUACUUUUGGAACCUCUUCGUCUACAUCAUGCUAAACACUUGACAACUCUUAGUUUAGCAUCCGUUAGAGAUGAUCCUGAUGAUUUUGACUUUGAGCAAUUCGAUUAUGAAUUUGUUUUUAAUUCCUUUAUCAGAUUAUCUAUUUUAACACUAGAUUAUGAGUUUGUAAGUGAUUAUUUACUGCAAGCAUUAGACAAUGGCAUCAUGGAAAGACUCGUAAUUCAUGUACAUGGUUGGAAUGACAAUUAUUUAGGAACAACAGACAGUGCUUGGCAAAAUUUUAUUCAAAAAAACCCAAAAUGUGAGCUGCGAUUAAACCUUAUACACUCUUACAAUGGCAUUGUAAUGUUAGAUACUGAUAUACUCCGACCUUCCAUGCCUCUUACACACUUAAAAGUUUUAUUUUGUGAAAACAUUAAUAUCAGAGCAUUACAUCGACUGUCUAGCUGGUACUCGCUUACUUUAAAGUCUUUGACAUGGAUUGAUUCUAUGGAUCAUAGACAAGACCCAUCAAAUGAAUUGGCACCUUUGAAUGAACAAAAUGAACGAGAUAGCCCCCCUGAUCCGUUAGUAUUAGUUGCAUGGAAGUGUACCAAACUUGUGGAAAUUGUAUUCAUAGGCCAUAAAUAUUAUCAAGAAAACUUACUAGCUAUUGCACGUCUACGAGGAUCCUCCCUUAAAUCGUUAAUGUUUGCACAAAGAUACAUCGUAUCUGAUAGCGAAUCUUGGCAUAUGGGUGAAACCAUUACACAAGAAAUAGAAGAAAUAAUGGGACCUCGGUGGAAACUGUUAAGCGAUGCAGAUUUACCUGCAGUCGUGAAUGAUCCUUUUGGAGGCGAUAGUAGAGAAGUUAUCAUGCCAUUGGUCCUUUGUGACCAAAAGUAAUUUUCAACGCGUGAAAUGGAAAAAAAUUACUCCCAAACAUCGUACACUGACAUCACCAACAAUUUCUGGGCGAGCUACAUUCUCAGAAGUAAAGUUAUAAAAGUUAAAUCUUUUAUUUUUCUAUAAUGUUUGUUUUUAUGGGAACUACGAAUGGAACGUUGAACAGCGAAUGCGUAUAAGUUCGUAGUUCAAAGUCAGUAAAACUAACGGAUACAAUAUUGCCUGUCAGGUAAGAAACACAGCUCCGAUCGUAAACAGCGAGCAUAAAAACGCACACAAGUUGUCCUUUACAAUGAUUUUAUCAGUUCUUAUGAGAGCGUGAUAAGCCAUAGUUAACUAUGUCUUUCUUGAAUUGAUACAACGGGGUAUCUAAAUUAAGUAUGAAUCAAUCCCUGUCUUUGUUUAUCAGAAUGGAGAAUGAAGUGAUUUGCGUCGGUUUCUUUAACGAGAAACCUUCGAUAAUGGAAUCACGUUUCAUUGCUAACAGUGGUGGUCUCAAAAUCAGAACAAGAGCAAUAUACUUGCAAUGAUCGUUCCUCUCGCCGACGAAUAUUAGGAAAGAAAAAUAAAUACGAAUGUAACGGGGUUUAAUAGAUAUAAAAAAAUGGAGCAUUAUUGGACGUUCAAGGUCUUAGCAAACAGACCUUUAGUGUGUCCGUGGCAUACUUGUGAUGUCACGGAGAAAGUGAAAUUCAAAUACACGAAGGCAGUACGCUACCAAUAAGAGGUGAUCAUCGUACCAAGCAAAGAAAAGGAAGAACGAGACUAAUAGAAAACACGAAGAGAAAGGAUCGAUCUCGCACCAUCAUCCACUGGCAAGCGUAACGAAAUUCCAAACGUAUGUAAGUAAAAAAAAAAAAUCAUGUUAACAAAUAUUUUUCCAAUUCUAUGGAAAAUUUAGAUCAAGCGAGCGCCAAGAGCAUGCAGUGUAAGAAAGAGUAACUAAAAUGGUAGACUUCGCGAAAGAGUUUGUGCAGCAGAUAUACAAAGAUGCACUGCAAUAAGAAGUCGAACAGCGAUCCGAGGUUAUUUUUAAUACCAAAACCAAUCGGACGCUCUUGUACAAAUGUUAAAUGAAUGUGUGCCGAGAAGAGUGCGGUUGAUCUGGUGGUACAUGAAACAAAGUUAAAACAUACAGAAUAUGUAGAUCGUAAUAGAGGGAAAAAUGAUAUCAUUGAAUGACCCGUUAAAAAACCUGUAUAACUUCCAGAAAGAAGUACCGUCUCUUCACCGUGCUCUUAGCGACCGCUGAAAACGAACACAAUUAUAGUUAUCUAUAAAAGAAAAAUCAGAUGAAUUUAGCUGCUAAUCGUGUAUGUGUAUAAUGUAUGUAUAUCUGUAUUAUCUGUCGAACUUUAAAUGUUAAAUAUUCGGAUGCCACAUGCAUCUAUUUCUGUCGUGCGAUUAAUGACGAUUUUGAACGUUUGAAAAAAAAAAAUAAGGUGAUCCGUCACAACACAAAGAAAAAAUACCAAAAGAACAACCGUGUAUACAGUUUGUUAUUCCGAGAGGUUAUUUACUUUUUUUCGAGCCCUUGUAUAAUUAUUAUUACAUCGUCACGUAUCGUACUUGUAGUCACGUAUAUACCAUUGUUUUUUAUAUGUGGUUCUGUACAUACAUUCAUGCGUUUAAAAUUAUUGGACACGCGCAAAAAUCGCGGAGUUGCGCCCGAAUUUAAAGAAAGAAAAGAAAGAAAAAUGAAGAGCGAAAUAAUAUCUAGCCGUGUUUAUUUAAAGAAGGGUGAAAAGAGAGGUUCGAGUAAAGGGCUAGGCACAAGAUAACGAGAAAACUAUUUCUUUAAACGAUUUAAGCUGUUAUACAAGAUGAACGGGCCUUAACAUGUACCUGAGUCGCGGUAAGAAUAAAUUUACCGAAAAAAAUCUGAUACGCGACAGCCACCAUAAGAAAAUAAUCGUAGACACCUUAACGGACAUUUUUAGGCGACUCGCUGGAACACCUGGCUGUGUCACUCGCCAAAAAAUGCCCGACGAUUAAGGUAUGCUCUCGUGCCCUUUCAUUUCGUAUUCCGUGCGCGUGUAUUUCUCUUUUUUUACGUCAACAAAUUCGCGAUGAAAACGGAACCGACGAUUCGUUAUUUAGAAGCUCGCAAACUUGUUUGUCAACUAUUAAAUGUUGCGCGAACGGGUUAGAUUUUAUUUCUUCUUCUUCUUUUUAAUUUUGCUCGUGUUUUUUUUGUAAUCGAACGAAGUCCCGCAUAAACAGUAUACUCGCGGGCACGGUGCCCGGCGUAUGAGUCUAAAGAGAGAGCGAGAGAGAGAGCGCGAGCGAGCGAGCGAGAGAGAGAGAGUGAAAGAACAUAAUGUGACGUUGCGAAAUGAUAACGUAUGAGAGAGAACGGAAUUAACGAAAGAUGAUGAUACGCGUUCGGAUAUAAGAACGAUGAUAUCCAAAUGAGUAAUAGAAGCAGAAACAAAACUUAAAAAAAGUAAGAAAAAAAGUAUCAAACGAUACGUAGUACCAUCUCUGCGAAUUCACCGUGUACAAAGUCUUUAGAAAGAAGAAUGGCAUUCGUGCAGCUGCUUAACCAAACGGGCACAACCCAAUUACACAUUAAUAUCGAUAUAAACGCGUUGCGACAAACCAAGCAUAAGACUGAACCUGCCGGGAAAGGUAUUACACCAGUUAGGUGAGCUGCACGUGUUGCCAACGUCCGACCUCAUAUUCAUAAAGCAACAGAGGACGAUCCCGACUAAACGGAAAGCAUCGUUCGCGAAUCAUCGAAACGAAAUUAAUCACAUCGAUGUUGCGUGUACGAUCGCGUGCAGAUUAGGCUUCUUUCGAUUAGCGGAAAGUGCAGGAAAAAGGGUAUCGCAUUCGAGAUAUCUAUAACGCAGUCUCGCUAUAUGGCCUCGAACGGGACUAGAACACAGCGUCUUGCUAUCAAUGGUGUAGCUCGCGAAUUCCAAAUUUCUCAGUUAGAAAAUUGAUAGAUUGCCAAAUUUGAAAACUUAUAAAUUACUAGGUCCCCUUCUGCGCUUACUUUUAGUCAGAGAUAGCCUACUUUGCACACUCGUGUACUCGUAAAAUAAUGUAUAAUGGUUGUCUCCAAGAUCGUUGCUCGUAUAACGGUUUCCUUUAACUGCACGUACGAUUUAGCUUUCCGUCUUAGCUCGCGGCUCUCGUCGAUUCGCCCCUGAUGAUUUGAGCCACGCGAACACACCGAAUUUAUGAAUAUGCGGCGUCGUUAAAAAAAAAACGAAGGGAUGGUGCGUCAGCUAGUGUUUAGAUCGGACAAACGCCCCGUGAAAAAAAGCUCACUCGACCGGGUGGUUCUCGUAGCCGAUAAAAUAUGUACUAACCUUUAAGCAGCCUGCCAAGAAUCAAAAUACUGUAUAAUAUCAAACGAACGCUAGCCAGUACAGAAUGCUAAGAUCUAUUUUUUAAGAAGCGAAUGUAUAUUUUUGUACUAAGGCAGGCCUUAGUUGUGACUCGUGUGUAUUCUUGCGCGUUAAAACAAAUGGCACAAGACGUGAGAUCUGUGAUCGUGUAAUAUCGUGUCGGCUUAGCGAGAAAACAAAAUAACAUACGUAUAGGCAAAGUCGUUGAGCAAGAGAGAGAUAAUAAGUAGCACCAAGUGGCGGGAGAAAUAGCAAGGAAAUAAAGCGACGUGUGUCCCUGCUUUUGUUAUAUCGAGUGGGCUAUAGGUAAAUAAUAAGGGGCGACGAUAAAUCGAGAAGAAAACAUCUGUGAUAAAAAAAAAUAUAAAACCUUAGAAAGGGUGCUCGGGAAAAAGGUGGCGAUAGAGAGACAGAGAUCAAGCGUGCGUUUUAAAGGGGGGGAAAGAAGAAUCUAACAAAACGAAGAGCGAAAGAGAGAAAUAUAGGGGGAAGACGGAAUCCUGCGUGUAUUAGGAAAACGAUACGCGAGACAUUGCAAUUCCUAACGAAAAAAGAAGAUGUUUAGAAAUGCUUUUAGAAGAUCUAUUGCGCGAAAAAUGUUCGUCGUGUGUAUAUGACUAAUCGACAGAUGGUGACUGUCUUUCGACGAGAUAGCCCGGUCUAACUAAUGCAGUGGGUACCAAUCGUCUUGACCAUCCUUGUUCAAGUAAUCGUGUGGGUUUCGAUAAACGCUUUUCUAACAACGGAUCCGAACGAAGAAAAUCUUUCUUUAUUCCAACGCUUUGUUAAAGUACGUGUUCUUUCGGACGAUUAGAUUCUUAACCCUUUCGCUGCUACGACCCUUUCGUUGCCACGAGCAAUUACAGUAAAAGGGCUACCGUUGAUAAGUUAUUGAUACGCCAAAAACAUUUCUGGUUGCAAAUGAAUUUUAUUAAAAAUAUGAUUUUAUAUACGAUCGGAGUUAAAACGGUUUUCGAGCAGAGGCGGCCGUAGCGAAAAGGUUAAACUCGAACGCUAUUUAAAUAAAUCUGACAUUCCACUCGAAACUGCGAGAACUGAAGGUUACGCGCGUAAUCUUACCGUCGUUACGUAGCGCCAUGAUAGAAUUAAUUUAAUAUACCUUGAAAAACUUCGAACAAGGAGUUGUCUCUGUCGUGUUAGGACAAAAGAACGAAUACAGUAUACGCGAAAGAGGUGAUUCAAAGGAAUUCGAUCGAUCCUUGUUCGAAGUUGCGUAAAUCGUGCGUUACAAUAGGCCACGUGACUCGCCUUUAUCGUGCCCACGUGAUCUCAGGAUAAGUCAGGACGUCGUACGCCACCAGUAUAGUAUUAUAAGUUCCUAAAGAAAAAAAAAGAAACAAGAUAUUUUACAUGGGUUUUAAGUGAUCGAUAGAACGAACCCGGCAAUUACGAAUAAAACGCAUAUUUCACACGAACAGAGCAUUCGGUUCGAUGUUACGUACAAAACAAGUUCGUUCGUUGAUUCGUUCUGUUUAUGGGAUUGUUAAAAAAAACGCUUUUCAGACACUGCACCAGCAACGUUUCUUUUUUUUUAUAUAUGCAUAUACAUAUAUCUAUCUAUAUCUUAUAUCUAUACAAAUAUUAAUUUACAAGUACGCGUGUAUAAUUCAUUCCAAUCGAAAGGGGCAGGCGUGUUAGACGUGUGGCGGUAAAUAAACGCGAAUUGAAAACGAUGGUUCCGCGUUGAGGGAAUAUUAAGGAGAUUUAACCUUUUUUUUACGAGAAUGCCAAGAAAUAUAGCGUCGCGAAAAGAUAAUCGUGAACGGAAAGCUGUAGGCUCGAUCCAACGUGAAACGCGGGUAAUUUUUGUGUUAAAGGCUAGUUUACGUUAGUCGGUCAGACAUUGAACGCUUCUGUCAGAAUACAUUCAGUUUCGAAUAGGCAUUCAACGAUGUACAAUCAAAACUAGACAGACAAAGAUUCCAGUUACGCCAAUGGUUUUUAACGAACCACUCCCCCCUUUACGUACAACAAUCUGUGUCUGAACGGAAUUGUUACGUGUCUGAAUGGACAAUAUAAACUGACCUUAACACGUUUUCGAUUACUAUACUACCGCCGUGUGAGUGUGUAUCGACUACGUUUCGAGGUUCGUCUGAUACAAAAAAAUCGAUAUUCCGAGAAUCGCGCACUCCUCGAUCGAUACCGUAAAACAAUAUUAAUAAAGAUAUUACCAAAACCGCGUUUAGAUAUGUAUAUAAGUUUAUUAAGGGCUGAGAUAGCAAACGCGAGCAAGCUAUUUUUUAUCGUGGUCGAAUCGCGAGAUAAGACGGGACUAAAUCCGUCGUGUAAUUUCUUCCAUUACGAACAGAGGGGGAAAAUAAGAUUUUCGAUGUUAAGAGAGAAUUUAAGAGAAAAACAACGUGACCGGGCCCAAAAGAAAAACGAUGAACGUCUUCUAGUAGCGUUGUAUUCUCGUUUAUUAGCAUGGGUUUAACGGAACGUAAAAGUCCUAGCUCUAGAGACGAGCGCACGUGUGUAUGCAUGCAAUGCAGACAGAGAUCUCAAGAUUUUCAAAUCACGAUCCUGUGUGUAUUCGUUCAAAUCAAGAUUAUCGAACUGAAUCAUGUUGAUAAAAAAGAAAACGGCCGCUCAAACGACGCGAAAACAACAGUCGCCGAUUUGUUUUCGAUUCGAACUGAGUUUCUUCGUUUUUUCCCGUGAGACGCCGAGAAUCGUUCUAAACUAUAAACGCGUUACGCCAGCGGUACAACACUUACGCGAGUGAAUCACGACUGUCGUUCCACCGCGCUAAAAAUACUGAGAAUGCACGGGAGAUUCCUUGCCGAUGGGGUAAAACGUUAUCUCGAGCUUUACUACCUCGCGUAACUCCGAUGAAGAUCUUUUAUUUUCUUUCUUCGGUCGAGUAUCGAAUCAUCGUUUCGUAUCUUUACAAUAAUAAGAAUAGCUCGAUGCUCGACGUUCCGAUUCAAAGAACGGGGGAAUAAAAAGAGAGACCGUUUCGCGUUGACCAGAACUGCGUACUUUUCAACGCAAAACAGUGCUCAAUCGGGUUUCGUUCACGCGAAGCAGGCUUACACCGGUGUCUCAGUGUUCCACGUUUAAAAAAACGUCUUAGUUUUAUCGUACUACGAACUAUAGCGUUUAGUUUAUAUCUUUGCUAAUUGUCGUGUCGACCUGCAUUUUAACGACUCGUUUUAAGGGUGACGCGUCGUUUCAUCAACGGCAUGAUGCGUGAACGCACGUGUCCGCUCGAUUUGUCGCGGUUAACGCUUUGAUCGGUGCAGUGAUCUAACUCGGUGAUGGACAAACGUGCACGCGAGGGCGCGGUGCACGGACGCGCAAGUGCUUUGAUGAGUCAAUUUCACAAAUUUCAAACUUUCCAUAUUCUCAAAUUUAUCGAAUUCCAAAAUUUUUACAUUCGAGACCCGUGAAUCUUCGACUCAUCACUGCACGCACCCGCAUGAUCUGCCCACCGCUGAUCCAACACAGUGCAAUAGGGUGCGCAGAAGCACUGCGCACCAGUUAACCUGUUGACCGGCCGAUUAUUCGAUCGAGAGAAAAGUCAUUUUCUUUCCGUAACAAAGAUUAACUCGUCUUGUCCGUAACAGAUACAAAUAGCCGACGAUGCAAUCGAAAGUAAAGAUCUCUCGACAAAACACUGAAAGUAUACAUCAGUCAAAUAGUAAGUCAACUCGUACCGGUUAAUAGGUUGAUAAUACCUUUUGGUUACUAACGCAAGGAUUAAAGUGUUAAAUCUUAACUUGCUCUAGCGUGUUUAUGUAAAGCAAACAUGGAAAAGCAACGUUAUCGUCAACUAAUGAACAAAACGUGGCCUCUGUUAUGCACACACUGUUUUAAUCGUAAACAGGACGUGUUUUCGACCUGUUUGGUGCAACUCGAGGUUUCUACCGAAAGGAUAAGAGCGUAACUUUGUGAACGUUGCCUAAACAUUAGGUUGCUGCGUGAGUUUGUAGGAAUGUUACGAAAAUUUUUAGUAUAUUUUAGGCGGAACAUCAAAUGAGUUACAAGUUGUAUUGGAUUCAUAUUAUAUAUAUCAAGCGAAAAUUUGAUGGUGCCAUACACGAAUAUUGUCGCCAUGCGAUAAUGUAGGACACUUUUGACCCAUAACAGAAUUUUUAUUAAAUACGUUUUAAAUUUAUCUUCCCGAUAAUACGUUACGUGUUUUAUACGCUUUUAGUAUGUACGUGUUUUCAAUAUAAUAUUUUAACGAAAUGUAAUAUAGAGAUGAAAGCAGUGCGUUAGGAAAUUGUAUAUAUUUUAUAAAUAUGUUUAUGAAACAUAUAUUUUUUAUUUAUACAUAUAUCACAUCGAUUUUAUUUGUCUUUUAGACGUUUUACCGUUUUGUAUCAUAUUGUUAAUCGCGUGGUAUCCAGAUCUUUUUGUAGAAAUGGGUCGAAAGUGACCCGGUUUUCAUGAAGUUUAGAUUUCUAAUUGUACGGAACUUGAGCAGCAACCUAAUAUCUUCGAAAAUGUGUAUAGAAAACGAAAGUAGUCGAACGGGGAGUUCGUUAAAUAGAAAAUAAUUACUCGCGUUGAUUUUUCGAAAAAGCACGUCAACUGGUUUGAUUCGCGCGAACAUUUCAACGAGAAACGAAAGAACGCUUAAAAGGGGGUUACAAAGAACGAGAUCUCGUCUUAAAAAAAGAACCAAUCGAUAUCCUACGUAUCUAUUCAUACUAUUUACUCGUUACUUUCCAAGUUAUUUUACUUGACGAUGACAAACUAACGAACGAGAAUGUGUGUGCGUGCGUGCGUGAACGACGCUUAACGCGCUCGCUGCCGCUCACUCGACAUCGCGUGCUGCCUCGAUAGCGUUAAAACCUCGCGGCACGCGACUCGAGUUCGACAACGAACGUGUUGAAGGGACGUUUUUAUCGGUUCCUCUAAAGUCGUUCCUCGGAUUAAUUUACCAUCGGCGGCAGGGUCAAUACUGGCCCAGACGGUGCUUCGAUUUAAAUUAAACAAUUGAAAUUUUUAAGCGAAAAUAUUCAUAUAUUGGAAAAAUAAUAUUUAAAGGUGUAAUGAAAUAUUUAGAAUACGAAAGAGAAUGAAAUAUUAAAGAUGAAUUUAAUCAAGUGUCUGAGUUUGACCGCGGUAUCGAUGACCCGCUGUCUGAAGUUUAAUUCGGUUAAUCGAUUAUAGAAACGACUUAAAUACUUGAAAGUAUCUGAACAGUUAAAUCUAAAGGAAAGAAGCGAAAAAAUGCGUCGUGUAACGAGCUAAUUAUUUCGUAAGACGUAUCGAACCGGAGUUCCAUCGUGUUCUUCGAUGCGUGAACAGGUGUUUCUUGGCGUCCUACACUUUACAAUUUUCUUCGCUACGAAAUAAAUAUCAGUAUUAAAAUUAUUC